AUAACAAUUAUGUUCAUAUCAAAGUUUGUGUUUAAUUACGAAUCAUUAACCUUCCGAAGCGAAAUUCGAACUGUUGUUUCGAUAAUUGGAGUUGUAAUGACUUGUAGAUUUGUAGACAACUUCAUUUGUGUAACCAGUUAUGACAGAUUAAUUUUGCCUGUGUUCGAGUUCGAAGGAAACAGAAUGAGUUAUAUGCUGUUUGUAAAUAAAGCGUGGUGUAUAUGGUGUGAUCGUUAAUUAUAAAAAACACAUAUUUUAUGUGAAUUUGUUAUGAGAUAUAUGAAACAUAUCUACCCGAUUAAUAUGAACAAAAUUUUGAUUUAAGAAAAUUGAUUGCUUAUAACUUUUUUCCAAUUAGUAUAGGGAAUCGGUAAAUAUGAAAAUCGAAAGAUUUUGGAAACGUCGAUUUUUGCGAAAAAAGUUGAAAUAUACGUUAAUUUGUGUAUUCAUAGUUUCUAUUAUUUUCGUUGCUUAUCAGUUAGUUUACUUUAAAAAACUUAAUCAAGUGACCGUAGGAAAAUACAUUAGUGGAUCUGUACGAAAAACUAAUUAUAUCGAUGGUAAAAUGAGUUCAAGAUGGAAUGAACCAUUGCAUUCAAAAUUACUUCGCGAUAAAAAAGGUCGAACUGUAUCGUUACGUGGAACGCGUGAUCAAGAUAUUUCAAAAUACUUGCCAAAUGUACGGGGGAAAUUUGUUUGUUUUACUUCAAAAGACGAAAUAGACUUUUUUAAAAUUAAUGAUAACUACUGUGAUUGUCCUUUGGAUGGUAGUGAUGAGCCUGGUACCAAUGCAUGUAAUAAUGGUGCCUUUAAUUGUGAACUUUCAUCCUUGCAAUUUAUAGUCCCAAUAAAAAUACCAUCUUAUAAAGUUAAUGAUGGAUAUUGUGAUUGUUGCGAUGGAUCUGAUGAAUGGGCUGAAGUUAAAUUAUCACGCUUAAAUAAUGUUUUAAAAAGAUAUAAAUCAAAGCUAGUCAUGCACUGUGAUUCAAACUUUACAACGGUGUGGGAUCCUCUUCAAAUAUUUAAUUAUCAUACACAUUAUAAGUACGCUGUUGUUAUACUGAACAGUCCACUUUAUUGGAAAGAUAAUACUUUACUUCAAAUUUGGAAAAGAGCUCAGGUUAAUGUUACUGUUGAUGGUGGAACGUACAGAUGGCUACAUUAUUUAGAAGAGCAAGGUAUUGAUUUAUUAAAUGAAGAUAAUACUGAAUAUGUACCAAAUUUAAUUACUGGUGAUAUGGAUAGUUGCUCUCCUUUAAUUCUUGAAAAACUAAAGAGUAUGGGCUCAAUGAUUAUUAAAACACCUGAUCAAGAUCACACAGACUAUACGAAAGCUUUGCUUCAAUUGGGACAAUAUGCUAAAAAAGAAGAUAUAGAGUUAAAUGGAAUAUACGUGUUUGCAGACACUUCAGGGAGAUUUGAUCAUAUCAUGGGAAAUAUUAAUACACUUUAUAGAAGCGAUAAGAUUAUUGAACAUGUACAAGUGAUUCAAAUUGCAAACAAUUCAUUGACAUGGGUUUUAAGACCGGGUCUUCAUAGUAUAAUCAUUCCUAAAAUUUUGGUAGAAAACAAUAGCUGGUGUGGACUGUUACCAAUUGGUGCACCUGUUAACAGUAUAAUAACAACUGGUUUGAAAUGGAAUUUAAACAAUGCAACAUUACAAUUUGGGAGUCUUGUGAGUUCUUCAAAUACAUAUGACAAUUGCUCUGAAGUAACUAUAAAUACAGAUUCACCAGUGAUAUGGACUAUGGGUAUAGAACCACUUCAAAAGAAUACAAGUAAUUAUGAAAUAUCACAAAAUACUUGAUGGCAUUCUGUGUUAAUCGUUUUUCAAUAUUUUCUGUACAUUUGAAAAUAUGUGUUAUAGAAUUAAUAAUAUUUAUAAUACUAUAAUAUAAUAAUAUGUACUUGAACAUUUUCUAAAGUUGCUGUAUAUGCAACUGAUGAAUUUCAUUAUAAUAGAGAAAGCUAGACAAAUUUCUCUGAAUUCAAAUUACAAAAAUAUCAAAGUAGAUAUUUUUUUAUUUGUUCAGCAUAAUUUAUAUUUAUAAGCUUAUAAGGUUUAUGGAAAGUUAGAUAUUUUUUAUAUAAAGUUAUAAAGGUUCAAGAACAAUAUUUCAAAAUUUUGAAACUUUAGGUCUUACUAAAACGUUUUAUUUUUUUAUUAUACGAUUUUAAAAAUAUGUUAUGCUUGUUGUUUAAAUAACAUGUAAAAGAAAUGUAUAUACUAGAUAUAUAUAUUAGACUCUUUGUUAAUAACUCAAGUGGUACAUUUGUUCUUUUCAACCAUAAUAAUAUAUGAUUGAAAAGUAGAAAAUUUAUAAGGUAACAAGUAAACUUUUUAAGUUUAUAAUUUAAUGCUGGUGUUUAUUACCAUGACAAAAUUUGCAAAGGUAAUUUAUAAUUUUAAUAAUUUUUAUUUUGAUAUAUUGUUGAUAUUAAACAUGUAAAUAUGUUUGAUCAUUUUUUAAUUUAUAUGUACUUAAUAAAAGCUAAAAUUUCAUUAAAAUAAUACGCUAGAACUCUUUGGUAUAUUAUUUAUUUAAUAAUAAUUGGCAUAAGUAAUUGUGUACAUAUAAAAAAAGAUGAAAAUUCAAAUUUACUACAAUAGUUUCUUUUCCAUUUGAAAAUUCUAUUUAAAAGCUGAAUUUUUUAUAUGACAUAAAAUAGAAUUGUAUCUAAGAAUUGUACUUAAGAAAAUUAUUUGUAUAACUGUUAUAAAAGAUUAUUUCAAAGCAUUAAAUAAUUUGUAGUAAUCUUCAAUCCAGGUAAAUUUUCGAAAAGGACAAAGAGACGGAAUGUUUAUAUAUAAAACCAAAUUCCAUUGACUAUAAAUCAUGAAAUUCAAAACUAGUAUUUUCUAUAUUCCCCUAAAUUUCACACUUUAAGUUAUUAGUAACAGUAAACUAUAUUUUUGGAUUAAUACAUAAUGAAAAUUGACAUAUUCUUUAAAUGUUUCCUAUGUUUAAUCUUAGUCUUUUCUUUCGAGGUUAUAUAACAAUUAGGAAUAUACAUAUGUAUAUAAUUUGUAUAUAAUAUGUGUAUUAUAUAUGAUCUAUGGUGAUUAGACAUGUGAUCGAUGAUUAGUUAGUCAAAAUAAUAUUAAUAAGUACCGGUCAAUGGAGUGUUUCUCAAUUAAAUCAAGCAUAUAACGAUAAUAAUGUGGUGUAAAAAGAAAAAUUGAAAAAUUAAUGUUAUAAAGGUCGGAAAAUUAUUAACUGUUUGUGUAUAUGUAUGUACGCACAUGAACAAAAAUGAUAAUUAGUUGUCUUUAUUUUGUUUAAAAAAUGACAUUGUACUAUUGCACAUAUUAAGAUGUAACUAAGUAAAUAACGUCAAUUCAAAAUAUGUAUUUAUUUAUAUUUAUUGUAUAUAACACACCAAUUAUAGACUAUGGAUUUUGUAAUUAAAAAAUAUCAAUACAUAAAAAUCUCGAAUUUUA